GGAAUCGAGCGCGCGCGCGUGUCGCGGUAAUAGCAGUGCUUUUGCGUUGCAGUGGUGGCAGCAGCGUGACAUAACCUAGUCGCCCUCCUCGAUACCAGUCGUCGUCAUCGCUGUCGUCGUAGUGGUUUACGUGGUCCUUCUCCGCGAGUGGAGCAAUCGCGUCGCAAGUUUGGUUCCGCGCACGGAACGUCGACGAAAUUCACGAGUCUUUCGCACGACUAUCUCCGACACGCGUGUCUAUCGUGAUGGCCGCCGUGCUCCGAACGUCUGGCAUCGUGCAUGUUGGUCACCAUCCGGCCGCGAAGUCUCUCUAGUUCCGCGGGCCGACGGAGUUGUCGGGUGAAAAAAAUCCGGCGUAGUUCCCCGUCGUCGUCGCGUCGGGCGCAGCGCGGACGUUCGGAAGCCCCGAAGGAGCGUCGCCGUCGUCGCCGUGUCGUGGGUGUCGUCGGGUGUGUAUUUACACGGUGCGCAAUUCCACGGCCGUGAGAUCGAGCGAGAGGGACGGAGAGGCGAACGGGUUAGAGAGAGACGGAUAAACCGUGCGAGCGAGCGAGCGUACGUACCGAGUAUCGCGCGAGCGUCGAAAGUAACGAGUCAUCUACCGAUCCAAGAUGGCAGAAGGCCAGCAGGAGGGUGGUCCUAAGAAAAUCACCAUCAACGUGAAAACCCCGAAGGAGAAGCAGAGUGUGGAGAUCGAGGAGAAUGCGACGAUAAAGGAAUUCAAGGAGGCGGUCUCCAAAAAGUUCAACGCACAGGCCGAUCAGCUGUGCCUCAUUUUCGCCGGCAAGAUCAUGAAAGAUCACGAGACCCUUAGCACGCACAACAUCAAGGACGGCCUGGCGGUACACCUGGUGAUCAAGGCGCCACGUUCCGCCACUACACAAAAUCAGGAGUCCAAUUCGGCCUCGAGACCACAAGCUGAUGUCAGUGCGAGUCCAUUUAGCUUGGGAAGUUUAGGUGGACUAAUGGGUUUAGAAUCCCUUGGCUUAGGCUCAGCUAAUUUCAUAGACUUACAACAACGCAUGCAACGGGAAUUGCUCUCGAAUCCGGAAACAAUGCGUCAAGUACUCGAUAAUCCGUUGGUGCAAAGUUUGAUGAAUGAUCCAGAAAAUAUGCGCAAUUUGGUCACCGCCAAUCCUCAAAUGCAAGAGCUGAUGCAACGUAACCCAGAAAUAAGUCACAUGUUGAACAACCCUGAACUUUUACGACAAACGAUGGAGUUGGCACGUAAUCCGUCGAUGCUGCAGGAACUGAUGCGCUCGCACGAUCGAGCUCUGUCUAAUCUAGAAAGUAUACCUGGCGGUUACAGCGCCCUACGUCGUAUGUAUCGCGAUAUUCAGGAGCCAAUGCUAGCGGCGGCGACGAAUGGCCGUAAUCCUUUCGCCGCUUUGGUGGAAAACAGCAAUUCCAAUCAAGACUUGCAAAAUCCGCAGCAGGGCCAGGAAAAUCGGGAUCCUCUGCCAAAUCCGUGGGGUCAAAAUCAGAACGACAGCAGUACGGGACAGAAUCAAAGUAGGGGAGGCUUGCUGGAUUCGCCAGGUAUGCAGAGCCUCACGGCACAGAUGAUGGAGAAUCCACAGUUGAUGCGAAACAUGCUGAACGCUCCGUAUACGAGAUCUAUGCUAGAGGCGAUGGCAGCCGAUCCUGCGAUGGCUAGUCGGGUGAUCGCAGCGAAUCCGUUCCUCCGUGGUAACCCGCAGAUGCAAGAACAGAUGCGCGCGAUGAUGCCCGCCUUUAUACAACAGAUGCAAAACCCACAAAUACAGAGUGUCGUCACCAAUCCGGACGCUCUGGCUGCCAUCAUGCAAAUACAGCGAGGUAUGGAGCAGCUGCGCACCGUCGCCCCCGAACUCGUGGAAAACAUGGGAAUCACAGUUCCACCAGCGCCCACAACACCAAACACGGGCGGCACGAAUUCGAGCGUACCGACUAGCCAGCCAUCGGAUAGUAACCAACAAGACGCGUUUUCUCAAUUCAUGGCACGAAUGGUUUCUGCAAUGGCAUUAAAUCAAGGUGUAGAAGUUGACGGUCAACCUGUACCUCCACCAGAGGAACGUUACAGAGCACAAUUGGAGCAACUUACGGCUAUGGGUUUUCUUAAUAGAGAUGCUAAUUUACAAGCAUUAAUCGCUACGUUUGGAGACAUAAAUGCUGCUGUUGAGAGACUACUCUCCAAUGGACAAGUGUCUAUGAGCUAACCACCAAUCCGCAAUACUGUUAUUCCAAUAUUACCUUUAAUUUUAUCCUUAUUUACCUCUUACGUUGAUGUACGUGAGAGAUAUGUGAGGUAACUGGCUGUCAAAAAUUAUAAACUUAUAUCCUCCCUUCCUCUUUCCCUUCUCUACCCCCUUUUUCUCAAUCUUGACGGAAUACACGCUACUCACUCGUUCAAUUUGCAGUUUUUCUUAUUUAGAUUCAGAUUUGUCUGUGUUUUAGACGAUAGAUAGAGAAAUAUCGAUGGUAUGGCCAUUGCUAUUUGUUUCGCGAUCAGUUGUUCACUUUUUCAAAUCUUUGUUCUUGAUUCUUCAUCCGUGUUGUCUCUUCGAUGUGCUCUACGUACAGUCAAUUUCUUGUAUUCUCAGGUUAUUGGAACCGAAUCCUCUAUUCCUUUUUCUUAGCUGCAAUUUAUUCUAAUGACACGUACACAGAAUGAAAAUGUUGCGCGCAUUCCGAUUUUCACUCAUUUUCUCAUAUUAAAUUGUGAGCAUACAUAUAAGUCACAUCAGAUGGUAAUUUGUGAGUAAUGGGAGAGCAGGAUAAAAAUGGGAAAUAUCAACGAACUUCAGAUAUGUUGUAGUACAGAUUAAAAUGAGAGAUGCAUAUUUUUUUUAUAAGUGCUUUUACGCACUUGGCAAAACAUCCCCUGGAAAAUCGACUUUCAUUACCAUUUCAGUGAAAUACAUUUAGAAAUGUAAAAGGUGAUUUCGUUUCUCUAAUAAAUAAAAGCACUAAUGAAAAAAUACGUGUCUCUUGAUUUAAAUUACAAUGUACCUACAGUGUCGUAAUAUUGAAGUGAAUAUUUGCGUGAAUUUUAAUCUGAGUAAAUAAAUCGUACUGGUAUCAAAAUCUUUUG